CUUUCUUUUCCCCCUCCAUCUCUUCAGUCACCGUUUCGUUUUUCCUUCUUCGGAACGAUGUCGUUGCCGAUGCAACUCUUCAGUUGCAGAGCAGCUCUCGAUCUUCGCAGCAGAGAUUCGAGCUUCAUCAAUGGAGUUUCGGCUAGAGCGACGAGGUCGAACAAAAAGCAGCUCAAGGUUUUAGCAAUGUCGAGUGAAAACUCGUCGUUGAAGAUGAACUUGAACGAGUAUAUGGUUACUCUACAGAAACCACUCGGCAUUCGCUUCGGUUUAUCCCUCGAUGGCAAAAUCUUUGUUCAUGCUCUCAAACGAGGAAGUAAUGCGGAGAAAUCAAGAAUAAUUAUGGUAGGAGACACGUUAAAGAAGGCGAGCGAUUCGUCUGGUGGAAGAUUUAUUGAGAUAAAGAACUUCGGCGAUACUCAGGAGAUGAUGACAGAGAAGACAGGAUCUUUUAGCCUGGUCCUUGAGAGACCCUUCUCUCCUUUUCCAAUUCAUGAACUGCAUCUCUUGAGUGAUCUUGACAUUUUGUUUAAUAGAGGUCGUAUGCCUGUUGCCACUUGGAAUAAAGCUAUAUUGGCAUCAAAUUUACAAACUUCUACUGAGGGUGGUGGAAAUUCUGGCUUUGCAAUAUUUUCCUCGAAGUUUCUAGCAUUGCAGGGAUUGAAGUUUUUGAAUGAUGUAAAUGGACACAUACAUUCAAAAUUGCAGAAAAACAUUCUUGCUUCACCCAUUAGCCAACUUGUUUGUAUUUUUUCUGAGGAAGAGCCUGGAGAUGGUGAAUGGGCUCAUGGAAGCUUCCCACUGGAGGAAUAUAUUAAGGCACUCAAUCGUUCCAAAGACGAGCUUUACUAUAACCACUAUCUUGGCAUGCGUUACAGUAAGAUUACAGAGCAGAUAUAUGUCGGGUCAUGUAUACAAUCAGACGCUGAUGUAGAAGCUCUGUCUGAUGCGGGAAUCACGGCUGUAUUAAAUUUUCAGAGUGGGAUUGAAGCAGAAAAUUGGGGAAUCAAUUCCGAUUCGAUCAAUGAAUCAUGCCAAAGAUUAAAUAUCCUAAUGAUCAAUUAUCCUAUAAAGGAUGGAGACUCCUUUGAAAUGAGGAAGAAAUUGCCAUUCUCUGUUGGGCUAUUAUUACGCUUGUUGAAAAAGAACCACCGUGUCUUUGUUACUUGUACUACUGGUUUUGAUCGAUCUCCAGCUUGUGUAAUUGCAUACCUGCACUGGAUGACUGAUACUUCACUUCAUUCAGCUCAUAAUUUUGUCACGGGAUUGCAUACAUGCAGGCCGGACAGGCCAGCAAUUGCUUGGGCAACGUGGGAUCUUAUAGCUAUGGUGGAAGGUGGCAGACAUGAUGGGCCUGCAACACAUGCUGUGACCUUUGUGUGGAAUGGCCAUGAGGGGGAGGAUGUAUGCUUAGUUGGAGAUUUUACAGGAAAUUGGAAAGAACCAAUUAAGGCAACCAACAAAGAUAGAGCAAAACAUGAAGUUGAAAUUAGACUUCCACAAGGAAAAUAUUACUACAAGUAUAUUAUCAAUGGGCACUGGCGGCAUUCAACAUCUUCACCAACAGAAAGGGAUGAGAGGGGCAACAUUAAUAAUGUGAUCAUGAUUGGUGAUACUGCUAGUGUGAGGCCCAUAAUUCAACCACAAAAGAAGGAUGCCAAUGUUAUAAAGGUGAUAGAGAGGCCCUUGACAGAGAAUGAGCGAAUCAUGCUGGCAAAAGCAGCUCGUUGCAUUGCCUUCUCUGUGUGUCCGAUCAGACUAGCCCCCAAGUAGCUUUUCAAAGCUGGCUACUAUCCACAAUGUAAAUUUUGUUCCUUGAGACUCCAAAUCAGCAUAUUUCAAUUCCUUCGUGCAAAUACCUAGUAUUUAGCCUGCAAUAAACGAUGAGUAUGGAUCUAACGUAAUUCUUCCGGCUGCAUGUUUAAUUUGUUGUAGACUUUUAAUUGGUGUCUAUAUAUGUGAAUAGAAAUGCUUAACUGCUACUCUUAGCAUUCACUUAAAAAGUUAAAUUAUGCAAUUAGAUCUUGUAUUUUAUAAAAAA